AUGGACGUGUGGGGAGAAUCUGUCUAUGGGCAGCUGAAAAGAGCCCUCCGUAGCCUGCAAAAAUUAAACACCCCCAUGUACUUCUUCCUCCUCAACCUUUCCCUCCUUGAGCUCAUUUUCACCUCCACCACUCUCCCCAAAUCAAUGGCCAAUUCUCUGGUGCACACCAAGGCCACUUCCUGCUUUGAAGGUGCUGCCCAGGUCUUCCUGACUGUCUUCAUGAUAGCAGCAGAGUUUUCUCUCCUCACAAUCAUGCCCUGUGAUCGCUGUGUUGCCAUCUGCAGACCCCUGCACUACAGGACCCUCAUGAACAGCAGAGCUUGUGUCAAAAUGGCAGCAGGUUCCUGGAGCAGUGGAUUUCUCAAUGCUCUCCUGCACACUGGGAACACAUUUUCCAUACCACUCUGCCAAGGCAAUGUGAUGGAGCAGUUCUUUGAACUCCCCCAGAUCCUCAAGCUUUCUCAUUCACAUUCUUCCCUCAGCGAAACUGGAAUUCCUGUGGUUUUUCCCUGUUUAGUCUUUGGGUGUUUAAUUUUCCUUGUGCUUUCCUAUAUGCAGAUCUUCAUAGUCGUGCUAAGGAUCCCCUCUGAGCAGGGAUGGCACAAAGCCUUUUCCAUGUGCCUCCCACACCUGGCCAUGGUCUCCCUGUUCAGCAGCACUGCACUGUUCACUCACCUGCUCACCCUCUCUUCACCAGCUCUGGAUCAGGUGGUGGCCAUUCUGUACACUGUGGUGCCUCCAACAGUGAACACCCUCAUCUACAUCAUGAGGAACAAGGAGAUCAAGGAUGCACUGAGGAAACUCAUUAAAUUGGUGCUGGUUCCUCAGAAAUAA